UUCUUAAUAGAACUAAAUUGGAAGAAUCAAUCAUUAUUUUUGGUGUGAAGACUUCAUCACUGACAUCUAUAUGUUCAUUUGUAAGCCUCCAAGAACUAAUACAGCUCAUCAGUGGCAAUAACUGCUUUUGGUAUACACUGACAUUUAUUUGAAAAAAAAGCAAACAAAAAAACCCCAACAGACAAAACCCAACAAACCUUUUGAAGACUUGUGUCAAAUGACGUCAAUGGCCAGUUUGUUCUCCUUUACUAGCCCAGCUGUAAAGCGUCUGUUGGGCUGGAAACAAGGAGAUGAAGAGGAAAAAUGGGCAGAAAAAGCUGUUGAUGCUUUGGUAAAAAAGCUGAAAAAGAAAAAAGGUGCUAUGGAAGAACUGGAGAAAGCCUUGAGCAGUCCAGGACAGCCCAGCAAGUGUGUUACUAUACCCCGCUCUUUAGAUGGACGACUUCAGGUUUCUCACCGAAAAGGCCUUCCCCAUGUAAUUUACUGUCGUGUUUGGCGUUGGCCUGAUCUACAAAGCCAUCACGAGCUGAAGCCAUUGGAUAUUUGUGAAUUUCCUUUUGGAUCUAAACAGAAGGAAGUCUGCAUCAAUCCAUACCACUAUAAGAGGGUGGAGAGCCCAGUUCUACCUCCAGUGUUAGUGCCUAGACAUAGUGAAUUCAAUCCACAGCACAGUCUACUAGUUCAGUUCAGGAACCUAAGCCACAAUGAACCACAUAUGCCACACAACGCGACAUUUCCAGAUUCUUUCCAGCAACCCAACAGCACUCCAUUUUCCAUUUCGCCGAACAGUCCCUAUCCACCUUCUCCAGCCAGCAGCACUUACCCAAGCUCCCCAGCUAGCUCUGGACCAUCUAGUCCGUUUCAGCUACCAGCUGAUACUCCACCUCCUGCAUAUAUGCCCCCUGAUGAUCAAAUGGGGCAGGAUAAUUCUCAGUCUAUGGACACAAGCAAUACAAUGAUCCCUCAAAUCAUGCCAAACAUAUCCACCAGAGAUGUUCAGCCUGUUGCCUAUGAAGAACCCAAACACUGGUGUUCGAUUGUGUAUUACGAAUUAAAUAAUCGUGUUGGGGAGGCGUUUCAUGCAUCUUCCACAAGUGUCUUAGUAGAUGGGUUUACAGAUCCCUCCAAUAAUAAAAACAGGUUCUGCUUAGGUUUGCUCUCAAAUGUUAAUCGCAACUCAACAAUUGAGAACACUAGACGACAUAUUGGAAAAGGAGUUCAUCUCUACUAUGUUGGUGGGGAAGUCUAUGCUGAGUGUUUAAGUGACAGCAGCAUAUUUGUACAGAGCAGGAACUGCAACUACCACCAUGGCUUUCAUCCAACAACUGUAUGCAAGAUUCCUAGUGGAUGCAGUCUGAAAAUUUUUAACAAUCAGGAGUUUGCUCAGCUUUUAGCUCAGUCUGUCAACCAUGGAUUUGAAGCAGUAUAUGAGCUCACCAAAAUGUGCACCAUUCGAAUGAGUUUUGUAAAGGGCUGGGGAGCUGAAUAUCACCGACAAGAUGUCACGAGCACCCCAUGCUGGAUAGAAAUUCACCUUCAUGGGCCCCUCCAGUGGCUGGAUAAAGUACUUACACAAAUGGGUUCUCCUCUUAAUCCCAUCUCAUCUGUUUCAUAGUGCUGAAAUUCUAUCUUCAGCCUUAUUUUUAGCGAACUUAUUCUAAUUCUAGAGAAACUUCCAGUGUGGAUACUGUGAGCUACAUGGAGAAUGGAUCUUACGGUUUAACUUUUUUUUUUUUUUUUUAAAUCCCUUUGUGACCAAUUCCAUUGUGUAUAGCUAAUCAGUUUUACAUUUCAAUUUGUUCUUGUGAUGCUUAAGUGACAGUUGAGCCCUAAGGGAAAAAAAGUCUAUUGAAAAAUUCAGAACACUUUCCCCCUCCUUCAAGUAGAACUUAAACAGGCAUAUGUCUUAACUGGAAAAUUUUUUUCUCUUUGUCCUGUAGGGACAAGAAUUAUGAAGACUGACUUCAGAAAAUAAAUACAUAUCAUAGUUUGGGAUUUUUUUUAACUUUUAUGAAACUGUUUGAACAUGUGCAGCUCCAGCUUGCAAGCUGUAUUUUUAGCAUAGUUUAACAUCUUAAGGUUGACAUCUGUCAUAAGCAAA